AUGGCUGCACCACCUCUUCCCACCUCUCUUCAGAAGAGCCUCGACGCAACCAAGGUCGAAUACGUCAACCUCGGAGCCUCCGGUCUCAGGGUUUCUGUUCCCAUUCUGGGAGGCAUGUCCCUUGGAUCGAGCGAAUGGAUGGAUUGGGUGCUCGACGAAGAGGAGUCUUGCGAGGUUCUCAAGGCUGCCUACGACCGUGGCAUCAACACGUGGGACACCGCCAACAUGUACUCCAACGGCGUCAGCGAGGUAGUCAUCGGCAAGGCCAUCAAAAAGUUCAACAUUCCCCGCGAGAAACUAGUCCUCAUGACCAAGUGCGCCAUCCACGUCGGCGAGGAGACGAGCAUGUUCGCCCCCAUGUACGCCCAGCAGCUGGCGCAGAGCAAGGACUACGUCAACCAGGGCGGGCUCUCCCGCAAGACGAUCUUCAAGGCCGUCGACGACGCCCUGGCCCGCCUGGGGACGACCUACAUCGACCUCUUCCAGAUCCACCGCUUCGACCCGACCACGCCCGUCGAGGAGACCAUGAAGGCCCUCCACGAUCUCGUCCAGGCCGGCAAGAUCCUCUACAUCGGCGCCAGCUCCAUGUGGGCGACCCAGUUCGCGCAGAUGCAGUUCGCCGCCGAGAAGAACGGCUGGACGAAGUUCGUCAGCAUGCAGAACUUCUACAACCUGGUCUACCGCGAGGAGGAGCGCGAGAUGAACCGCUUCUGCAGGGACACGGGCGUCGGGCUCAUCCACUGGUCCCCGCUCUUUGGCGGAGCGCUGGCGAGGCCGCUGGAGGCCGAGAAGACCAGCGUUCGCUCCCAGGCCAAGGGUCUGAUGAACCCCGACCUCACCGAGGUCGACGAGAACAUCAUCCGCAGGGUCGGGGAGUUGGCCCAGAAGAAAGGUUGGAGCAUGAGCCACGUUGCGCUCGCCUGGAUCAGGUCCAAGGGCGGGGUUCCGAUCACGGGGUUCAACUCCAUCAAGAGGAUUGAUGAGGCUGGGGAGUUGCGCGGCAAGAUUUUGUCAGAGGAUGAAGUGAAGUACCUCGAGGAGCCGUACGUCCCCAAGAAUAUUGUCGGACACUACUGA